AUGAUAACAGGCGAUGCAGCCAGCGACGCAGAUGUCACUUCUAUCCCGACUCCCGACACUCAGCUGGAAAGGAAGCUCCUCCGACACCUCGACCUUCGCCUUGCACCUCUAUUUGCCACGCUUUACUUCCUGGCCUACCUCGAUCGCAGCAACAUUGGGAACGCUGCUGUCGCCGGAUUAGUCGAGGACUUGGGUAUCUCGGGAUCCCAGUUCAGCACGGCUGUCAGCGUCUUCUUCGCCACCUACGUUACAUUCGAGAUACCGGCUGUGCUGGUCAUGAGAAAGGUCAAGCCUCACCGUCUUCUGUCGGCCAUGGUGCUCGGGUGGUCGAUUGUCACGAUCGGGACGGCAUUUGUCAAGAACUUCCGCGACCUCAUCGCCGUCCGCUUGCUGCUAGGUCUCUGCGAGGCCGGGUUCUUCCCCUGUCUCAGCCUGUAUAUCACCAUGGUCUACAAGAGAGAAGAGCAGGGCCUUCGUCUAGCCUACCUGUUCAGCUGUGUGUCCGCCGCCGGCAUGUUUGGAGGCCUGAUUGCCACGGGCAUUGCCGAGAUCGGAAACAGGCACGGGAUCAAUUCCUGGAGUUGGCUAUACAUCAUCGAAGGAAUCAUCUCGAUAUCGACCGUCUUCUGGGCCUGGUUCGGCCUGCCGGCGGAUCCUGCCCGGGCGAAGUGGCUUAGGCCGGAUGAACAAGAGGUCAUGAAGGUGAGAGAGAUUCAGAGGCGGGAGUAUCUCGGAAGCUUCGUCUUCGAAUGGGCAGAGGUCGGUAGAGCGGUAAGAGACCCAAAAGUCUGGUUGACGGCUUCUAUCCAGUUCUUCCAGGAUAUUAUCCUGUACGGUUUCAGCACGUUCCUUCCUUCAAUCUUGAAGAAUGACCUGGGCUUUACGAGCAUGCAAGCGCAGUAUCUCAGCGUACCCGUCUACUUUCUAGGCGGUGUGGUAUUCUUCUCGAGCGCCGUGUUGGGUGAUAGGUGGAAGCUGAGAGGCACCCUCCUCCUUGGUCUGGAUGUAUUUGCUGUCAUCGGAUAUGCGAUUCUGCUCGGUGUCGAGGACAGCCCUAGUGUUCGAUACUUUGCUUGCUACCUCAUCGCAAUUCCCUUGUAUUGUGGUCCUGGUCUCAACGAGAUAUGGAUCAACAACAACAUGGCCCCUCACUACCGACGUGCUACUGCUAUCGGAAUCCAGCAGACAGUCGGCAACAUGGCCGGUGUUGUGGCCCCACAGGUUUACCGCAGCGCUCCCUACCUUCUUGGCCACUGGUGCUCUCUCGGGUCGGCACUUAUCUGCAUGGCCCUCAUCUCCACGCAGAUUGCCUACCUCUACACGCUAAAUCGAAAAAAGGAUCAGAUAAGCAACGAAGAGAGACCGGAUGACCGGGUGGAGACAACGGGCGAGGGCGCUCUGGACUUUCGCUAUGUAUACUAG